UAUAAUUAUGGUGAAGUUAAACAUAACACAGUAGAAGAUGUUGAAAUUUUAAAAUCAUCAAUUGGAUUUUUUGGUUGUGAUGAUACAUCAAUUACUUCAAUAUUAUCACAAAGAAAUUGGUCAGAAAAGAAUUUAAUCAUUCAAAAAUAUAAUGUUAAAUAUAAUAAAAAUUUAGAAAAAGAUUUAAGAACUCAUACACGUGGAAACUAUAAAAAUUCUUUAAUUUCCGUACUAACAGAACCCAGUAUUUAUGAUACAAUUCAAGUUAGAAGAGCAUUAAAAUCAAAAAACUUUAAAAACUUUAUUGAAAUAUUUUUAACAAGAAAUAAUCAGCAAAAAGAAAUGAUUAAAAGAAUUUAUUUAAUAAAAUAUGAAUCAAAUUUAGAGCAUGUAGUAGUAGAAAAGUUCAAGGGUUCCAUAAUGAGAAGCUUGGCUUUAUCUAUGAUUCAAAAUUAUAGAGAUCAAGAUAAUAGUGAUCAAGAUUCAAACAUUGGUAAUCGUAAUGAUGAUUCAACUACUGUUGAUAUGAAAUUAGUUUCAGAAGAUUCAGAUAGACUAUAUCAAGCUGGUGAAGCUCAAAGAGGUACCGAUGAAAAACCAUUUAUUGAAAUUUUUACAAAACGUUCUUUUGCUCAUCUCUCAAAACUUGAUUCUUUCUACCAAAAUGCAAAUCCUAAAGGACAUUCAUUAGUCAGAGCUGUCGAAUUAGAAUUUAUCGGUAAUGUAGGUUCGGCACUUUUGGAUAUUUUACUUUAUGCCAAAGAGCCAUAUAGAUAUUGGGCAGAAUGCUUUAAUCGUGCUUUAUCACAUUGGGGUUCUAAAGAGAAUGACUUAACAAGACUUUCAAUUACCCAACAUUACCAAGCCGCCAAUAUCAAACAAGCAUUUUUAUCAUGUUAUAAUCAAAGCCUAGUUUUAAAAAUUUCUAAAAAAACCUCUGGAAAAUAUAAAAAAUUAAUUCUUUUAUUAAUCAAU